AUGAGUCUCGAUCCGAGCUCGUUCCCGAGGUCUCACUCCCCCGCAAGCUCCGAAAGCUCUCUUACGCGCUCCCGACUACGGGGGAAGGAAGAGCCCUUACGAAAAGACAAGAAUUACCGCCGUUAUGCGUCGACUGUCGAGCGAGCCCUGUCGUUGUUCGAUACCGCUUUGCAGGAGUGGGCAGAUUACAUCUCCUUCUUGAGCCGACUCCUGAAAGCGCUGCAAUCUCACCCCGCGGAUAUCCCUAUUGUCCCUCAUAAGGCGCUCGUUGCCAAACGGCUUGCGCAAUGCCUUAACCCUUCGUUGCCAUCAGGUGUUCACCAGAAAGCAUUGGAAGUAUACUCGUAUAUCUUUGCUUUGAUCAAGCCGGAGGGUCUAUCGCAUGACCUGCCAUUGUAUAUGCCUGGCAUUGCGCCCACACUCACCUUCGCAUCUCUCACGGUCCGACCCCUGUUCCUGACGCUGGUGGAGACACAUAUAUGCAACCUGGAACCAUGGGCGAUUCGCCCAGCCUUGAAGGCCAUUAUACUGGCUCUACUACCGGGAUUAGAGGAAGAGACGAGCGAUGACUUCGAACCUACACUGCGACUGAUCAAUAAAUUCCGCGACAUUGCUAGCGCCAUGGAGAAGCAUAAAGUCGAGGGAUCUGCGAGUCCAGGGGGCCACUAUUUCUGGCAGUGUCUUUUUCUAGCCUCGGUCACAAGUCCCAGCCGACGUGCUGGUGUCCUCGCCUAUCUGGGCCGCUACCUGCCUAAACUAGGAAACACAGACCGCCGGCCUUCCAAGGACGAGUCGAAUGACCCCAUGGACAUUCACCAGGGCAUGUUAGCUGCAGCAGAAUCGGUUAUCGUGCCCGAACCCGGGUUGCUCAUACGCUGUUUCGCGACCGGUCUCGCCGACGAGCAGGUUCUCGUCCAGCGGAACUUCCUUGAUUUACUGGUCACCCACUUGCCGCUCAGUUCGCCGGUACUGCAAUCGAAAAUUACAGAGGACGAUCUUCAGCGGCUCAUUGCAGCAGCUGUAGGAGUCGUUGCCAGGCGAGACAUGAGUCUGAACCGAAGACUCUGGGCCUGGCUCCUCGGGCCCGAAUCUUCCAACGACCGGCCGUCAUUUGAAGCCCGCAAUUCUAUCUCUGAAGGCACAACCCAACUGGCAAGCGACCGCAAAGAGCUCUCGCCUUCGGAGUACUUCAGCAAAUUCGGGCUGACGCCACUAGUCAAAGGCCUCUUGCAGAUGAUUGAGCAUGACACAACUGUACCGGCAGAGAAGACGAAGCCAUUCCGGAUCUCGCUAUCGUUGUUGGACAGAUGGGAGGUCGGUGGAUACAUCAUACCGGAGAUCUUCUUGCCAAUCAUCCGAAGCGUGCAAGCAUUCGGAAACAGCGCUUCUAAGAACCAUUUCGAGGAGGUCUUUCGCAGCGCCAGCUCGUUCUUCGACGGCGUCGAAAGCGGCGUCAUCUUCUCCGAACUCCUCCGUCUUAUAGAUUGGAAGCAUCAGGACUUUACUUCCAAGAUCGACGACAUAGUAAGCAACCUGGAGCUCGCUUACUUCAUACUAGAGAAUUUCAAUGUUCGAGAAGAAGACAUGAUUGCGGUUCACAUUCCUCUGUUGACCCUUUCUACCAUUGUGAAGAUGAGGGAUCUGUAUUCAUCAAGCAACUCCGCAGCGACUCCGGAGCAGCUGCAACUUGUCUCAGCGGGGUUGUCGAAGGUCAUGGAUUCUUUGACGGGCUUACUGAUCGAAAGGUCGUUCAUAAGGAAGUCUGACGCACCUAAAGCAGGAGACAAAACCCAUUCUGAUAUGACCGGGUCGGACAUCUUGAAUGUGAUUCAUACUUUUUACAAUCGAAGCAAGACUAGCUUAGACCCACAGCCUGUCCCUUUCGUCCCAAAACAGCUGGGUGAGCUCAUCAUUCAAAACGCUUAUGAGCAAGCCAUAACAGCCCUUGAUGAACAAGAGAACGCCACACGGUUGCACGAUCGGAUCAACCUGCUCAUCAUAUUACUGAAAAAGCUCCCCCGAACACGUAUUUUGCGCGACCGGCGUUUGUAUCUCGCGUUAAGCGAUCGUGUCCGUGCCGACCAAGUUGAAAAAUCCACGGCCUGCUUCUCAACCAUCUCGUCAAUCGCGUCCGCAGUAACGAAUCUGUACCUCAUCAAUACUACAGGAUACUAUAUUAGCUACGAAGAUGUGUCAGACGUCAUUCCCGCUCUUGUGGGACAACUGUGGCAAUUUCUAUCCCCGAUGAGCCCGAAAUUCCAUGUUGAGGCUGUUCGUUGCUUGUGGCAAUUGCACACCGUCUCUUGGUCGGAUCAUCUAGUUGAGGCAGCCAUUACAUCCCUCAUGGUUGGCUCGUCGUCUACAGUGCCUUUUGAAGGGCUGACAGGCGAGCAACUUGGAAGAUAUUUCGUCUUGUGGAACCACAGUCACCAAGGCAACUAUGAGCUGCCGCCAAAGCGCUUGUAUAACUCUAUCGAGUCAGCAAAAGUGUACCAAGCUUCGAUGCUUGAACGCCCGCUUUUCAUCGUCCUAGACUUGCUCUCUCAGCCCUCGAACGAAAAUUCUCGAGUUGUCCAACGAUGGCUUCAAGAUCUGCCGGCUAUGCAUAAGGUCUUUCGUAUAAUAGUCUCGCGCCUGGAUUGUCUCUUCCAGUGUUCAAAUCACGGUGAAGGGGGAGGCGACAAUCAGGUUUUGUCGCCAGAUGACUACAAGGAAUGCGACUAUCUGCUGCGGACCAUCUCCAAUCUCAUCUCUACACUUGAUCACAAUGGCUGGAUCACUCUUCUCACUCAGACGCUAUCUCAGGUUGACAAACGUAAGGAUGUGCAUGCAUCUGAAGAGAACGCCGAGCUUCAGAGCCUUCAUACCAUCAUCUACCAAGCCAGUCUGAAACUGAUCAGCGAGCAGACAGCCACAGGUACUCAUGGCCUGGAGACAAUCAGACUGCAACAAACGUCAUUACUAGUCAUGCGACAGCUCCUUCUUGGUCCAGGAGCUGAAGAAGUGAUUGAAUCUGGAAUUGACUCGUUCCUGGUUGAUAAGCUCUCUCGCGCCCUGGAUCAUGGCGCGACUGAUUCAAUUCAAGGAGACCUGAUAGACACCCUAUUAGCAGCGUUGAAGGUCCGGUUUGCGCAAGCGUAUCUGCCACCUCCCCCUCCACGGCCAAAACACAACCGGGCAAACUCUCGUGAGCGCUUGACAAGCCCCUCUAUCUUGUCCUUUACAAGCGACAAACCAGAGAAGGUACCUGCGCUGUCUGCCCUCCCUCAGCCACCUCAACAACUUCUCGAAUGCCUUCUCAAAGGCCUUGGUUCCAAAAGUUCAAGAGGAAUUGUGGACAAAUGGACUGUCCUCCUUUGCGAAGUACUUCCACUGUACGCGGGGUCAAUCUUCCAAAUACUACUCAUGCUUGUCGAAUCGCUCUGUAAAGAGAUCCAACUUUGCUAUGCCAGCCUGCAACUCGCUUUCAAGCGUACAGAAGGAUGGCCUGAUGAUCGAUCUGAGUAUGCCACCAUUGCUCUUCUCAGCGCUCUCGAGACCUGCAUUGCUACCGCUCACGAGCGGUUGUUAGUAGAGGAGGCCAAUACUCCUGCUGUCAAAAGUCCUGACCAGAAUCAUGGAUUCUUUGGCAACAUGGUUUCAGGGGUAUUCUCAUCUGAAUCAAACCACACGCGCUCGGCCGCAGCGAACAAUCGGCUUACCGUCCUACUCUGCUUCCAAGAUGCCGUGAGGCUCUGCUUCACCAUAUGGUCUUGGGGUGCCGUAGAACGCAGUACGCUGCCACAAGACGCAGAAUCGAUAGCUUCGUUUCAGUACACGUCUCUGCGCAUGAGGAACAGAUCGCGUCGUAUCCUCGAACAUUUGUUCAAUGCAGAGGCACUUGAAUGUCUAGAGACAGCCGUGGAGAUGUGGACGAAAUCUGACAGCGAGACUUCGUCUUUGAUUAUGAGCCUGCUCCACACUCUGGACGGGUCUAGACCGAAGAUCGCUAUCCCGGCUGUGUUCAAUUCUAUUUAUACGAGAACCAAUCCGGCAGCGUUAGAGCCGAGCCGCAAAUCUACACUGACUGCGAGCCUGACCGAGUCUGAAUUGGCGGGCUUCCUGGUGGCAUACGCGAGGUCGCUGGAUGACGAUGUGCUCAAUGAGAUCUGGGCCGAUUGUACCACAUUUCUUCGUGAUGUGUUGAGUAACCCAUUCCCACACCGGCAAAUUCUUCCACGACUGGUUGAAUUUGCAGCGAUCCUAGGAGCGAAAUUGGAAAAUACUAGCUUUGGGGAAGAUCGACGGAUGAGGAAAGAACUCGGGGACGUCUUGCUUCGCCUUCUCACCGCAAUCUGGACGAGCAAGCCGAUGGGCAUUGCUCAAGAGUCUUCCCUCAGCCGCGGCUCUAUCGACUAUGACAAUUCGCCCUCACCGAAUAUUGGACCUGACGAUAUGCUUAGCAUCCUUGCGGCAUCCAUGCCUGCAUUCACAAUCACACUCGGAGAUUCCGACCGGAUCACUUCCGCAGUAACCGGCAUUUCAACGAAUGUGAUCGGUCCUCUCUUUCGCUCGCGACUCUUCCCGAACAACCUCAACCAUAAUUUCAUGACUCUGUUCCAGCACAUAGCGAAAGUACCAUCUGCUGCUAAAGUAUGGAAAAAGGACAUAGCCGAUGCAUUCUACGAUACCAGAUUCUUUGGGAUGCAGAUGGACUUGGUUCGGGAGGGAUGGCUGAGUCUACUGCGACAGUGGGUGCUUGCAGAUAAAGAUCGCUUGUCUGAGAUCCUGUCUCGCCUCCCGCCACCAAGUACAGCAGGUAUCAUGUUCGGUGUUGGAGCCUCUGCUGCUCGCCUCGAAGCUGACCGCAAAGCUCAACUGAACCUCCGCCGCAUCAGUCUCCUUAUUUUGUCUGCUAACAAUGAUUACUAUAUUGGAGAGCUACCCGCCCUUUUGCAGAAGUUGGAAGACCUACUUGGGGCGACUACUACAUCCUCUCCAUCUUCAACCACGCGGGCCGAGAUCUUCAUGGUUCUUCGUGCGCUUGCACUUAAGAGCUCUGCGACGGCAUUGUCCACAUUCUGGCCGCUCAUCAAUGCUGAACUCCAAGAGGCUAUAUCCGCCGUACCGCUGGGUUCGCAACAAGAUGUAUACAACUCAUAUGCCUUGCUGCAGGCAUGCAAACUGUUAGAUGCGCUACUUGUACUUGCAACAGACGACUUCCAACUUCUGGAGUGGCUUUAUGUUACCGACACCAUAGACGCCAUAUACCCUCCGGAAGGCUUCGAGCCGAUGGCCCUCGCGGAUGAGGUCUCGCAGAGCUUGGGUAUGCGUGGGAUUACAUCGAAUGAUGGGGCUGGAGAAACGACCAACCUCAGCCAGGGAGCGAGACAACCAAGCCUUACUGCGGACUGGAUCCGUGAGACAGCAAAGGAUGAGAUUGUCGAUCGGGUGCUUCGGCCAUUUUUCGACCAGCUCAGCAUUCACGCAUUUGAGAGUACCUACAGCAUGGGUCAACCACAGUUGAAUGCAUGUGUGAAUGAUUUGUUGGCGGAUAUCUUUAAUGAAAGCACCAUGGCCAACUAGGGUUCUGUGUUGUUCGCGUGCUGCCUGUGUAUUAUGAUAUUUUUUGCUUGUCUAUUAGAAUUCGAACUAGCGUGACUGGCAAUGCGCACGUACAGCGCACGUUCUUGUAUUGUGGGAUAGAAGCGACAUUUCCAGCGUUCAUUUUCAGGCGUCGGGGCGUCGGAGGCGUCGAUCCGCAUGUUCCGUAUGCGCCAGGGAUUAAGGAAGCAUAGAUAGAUAACUUGGAUUUUAUGGUGGAAUAUUCUGGAGAAGCGGAAACGAUCAUAUGCAGAAAUCGGCAGUUGAGUUGGG